UCAACCACCCUAAACCUCUACUCUCAAGUCUCAACCUUAAAAUCUCCUUCAUCAACUUUUGCUAUUAGAAAUCUCGAUACAAUGUCGUCUCCAAGUUACCACACAAACAUCUUCUGCAAGUAUCUCGUGAUCUUAUGCGUGAUCGCAAUCUUCUUCAUUCUCGUCUUUUAUGACCAAACCUACAUCAAUUCAUUCGACAGUAACAUAUCCACCAUAAAAUGUCAAGAGGGGCUCUUACAGCCUAAGGGGACAACUACGAACUUGAGCCACUUGAUGUUUGUGUUGGUAGGGAGCUCACGUACGUGGAAGAAUCGCAGAACUUACACAGAAUCAUGGUGGAGACCAAACGUCACACGAGGAAAUCUCUUUUUGGACGUGGAGCCGUCGAAGGAGUUCCAGCCUUGGUCUCCGACCUUACCGCCGUUUAAAGUCAACGAAGACCUCAAGAAACUGAGAAUCUACCCGAAGCUCGCAAACCCAGUUCACGUUCGUAUCUAUAGAUCUAUUCUAGACACUUACAAGCUCAAACAAAACGAUGGUGUGAGAUGGUACGUCAUUUAA